AAAAACAGGGUGGUUGGUGGAAUGGGUUAUUGCACCGAAGAGAAGGCAGCAUUCACACCACCAUUUGCAAACAGCUAAAAUUAUACACAAAGCAAACUAUAAUCUGCUACCCAAGAAUACACAACAAUUCUUCUUAACAAAAGAGGAGAAAUAUAAUCUUAGAGAAAAAUGUCAUUUAAAACAUUUGCACGCACGUACAACACUUAAGACAUUCAGUAUAUCAGUAUGCGGAAUUAAAUUAUGGAAAGGAUUAAGCAAAGCAAUCAACAAUGUACUACUAUGAUCCACUUCAAGAAACUCUUCAAACUUAAAGUGUUUAAAAAGUACAAAGAAGAAGAACCAUGAUAAACAUUUUUAAUGUAUCUCAUCCAUCCAUCCAUUCAUUUUCAAGAUAAUCUUGCUCCUCACCAUAUGAAAUAUAACUUACUUCACCAAUUAUUAUUUAUUUAUUUAUUUAUUUUUAUUGUUAUUAUUUAUGAAGUAUAUUGUGAAUAAAUUGAGAACAGGAAGUGAACAAAAGUUUUAGCAACUGCUAAGUAAAGGAAAAGGGGUGGGAUUAGAUAAGUUCUGUUUCUCCCUACACUUUUUCGAACAUGUUCCAAAGAGAAACUGGAAAUUGUGAUGUAUCAUGUUUUAUGCAUGCAUGUUCGAAAUAAACUCAAACUCAACUCAACUCAACCACUAGCUUGGAAUAUAUGACGAGAUAAUAGUUCAGCAAAAAAUAUGUAUAUAUUAUAAUGAAUACAUGUGCAGAAAUAUAAAAAUCGUGCAACUCUGGUCAGUGAACCAGAUAGUAAAAGGAUAAGAAGAACGUUUACAGCAAUUGGCACUGUGAUCCAACACUUCAUAAUUUGUUCUUUUCAUUUAGAUCAAUGAUGGCGACGAAAACCGAUGUCAAACAUGGCCCGCCACUGCUGAGACUUUUUUUUGAGUACGAUCUGUCACUUGGUGUUCUCCUGCAUUCCUCUCUAGAUUGAUUGGCGUGGCUCACCCCUGCACAACACCAUGAGUAUUAUCCAAGACAAAAUAGGCAAUGAGUUUUUGCGCAACGGUGGCAUGGACCCCAACUUUGCACCGGGCAUGCUCAUGUUCAGCCACCUGCCACCCGUCACCAGCUUCACGCGACUGACGUCGCAGACGGUCAUGGGUGACCUCCCGCAGGAGAUGAUCCUCAAGAAGGAGCGUGACUCGCCGCCGGACCAUCACCACCACCACCACCAUCACAACAACAACCAGGGCGCCGCCACCGCUAACACGGGGGGCUUCCUCCACAGCAUGGGCAUCAAACAGGAGCGGCUAAGCGAGCUGGAUUAUCGCAUGCCUCUCUACGGUGGAGGAGGAGCAGGAGGCGGCGUGGGGAUGAAUUGCGGCGUAGCGGGCGCCGGGAAAAGCGGGAGCGACAUGCCGGACAUGUCUUACGGCAACCACCACCAAAAUCCCCAUAACAUGCUGCUGCAUGAUCUCAGCCACAGCAAUGUGCGCUCCCUUGGAGAACCGAUGUCAGGACGAUCGGGUAAAGAGCCAAAAGAGCCCUCAGGUAAAAGAGGCAGGAGGACCAAUGGGGAUGGACAGGGAGGCAAAGCCCGACGGAAACGCAACGACUCUGCAAAGGCUAUGAUGUUGGAUGCAGACGGAGCCUGCCUGUCCCCCAACUCCAAGCCACAUAUCUGCGAGCACUGUAACGCUGCCUUCCGCAGCUCCUAUCAUUUGCGCAGACAUGUGCUCAUACACACAGAUCGCACAGGUGAGAGGCCUUUUCGGUGCAGUCAGUGUAACAUGAGCUUCAUUCAGAAGUACCUCCUCCAGCGGCACGAAAAAAUCCACAGUGGGGAGAAGCCUUUUAGCUGUGACCAGUGCAACAUGCGUUUUAUCCAGAAGUACCACAUGGAGCGACACAAGCGGACGCACAGCGGCGAGAAGCCGUAUCGCUGCGAUACAUGCCAACAAUUUUUUUCAAGAACUGACCGGUUACUGAAGCACAAGCGGACAUGCGGAGAAGCCAUAAAGAAGGGCCUGGACCCAAACAUGCUGGAGUUCAGCGACGAGCUCGGCCAGGGCAGCUAUUCACUCACUCAGGGAAACGCCACCACCUCUGGACGUAAGCGAGCCAAGUCCAAAAACGGGGAAGGCGGCGAGCGCAAGCGGAAGAAGAACGUGGUGGCGUCAUUGGCGUCCUCAGAGGCGAUGGCGCGUGACCUAGGCCUGCAGGACUUUGGCAUGGAGCAACCCUCAGGCUCAGGCCCCGCCAUGCAGGGGCGCACUCCCAAACUCGUGUUCAAGAAAACAGGCCGCAAGAGCCUGGAUAAGAGCCUCCUUUCUCUGGAAGACAGUACUGAUGGACAAAAACUGUUAGGCCAAAAAGCUGUGUCUCUGGAUCACGUGGAAGCUUCUGGGCUGGAUAACAUGGGUCUCCUCCAGGGGGGGGCCAAGCAGGGGCCCACCACCAACAGCAACUAUGACGAUGCCAUGCAGUUUGUAAAAAAACGGCGAUAUCUCCACGCUGUCAACAACGACUACGGCGCGGGCUCUCUCCACAUGGCGUCGCAGGGGAGCAGCGUCAUCCAGGCUUCUUUGGGGCCCGAACCCACGCUGGCCAUGCUGGACACUUCGCCGCUGGAACUCAAGCACGACAAGUCGGGCAUCCCGGAUGAGGUGCUGCAAAGCCUGCUGGACCACUACAGCCAUAAACCGGAAGGAGCGCACCAUCACGAUGUGGCGUUCGACCUGUCAGAUCACCCGCACCACGUUGACCUCCAGCCGGCGGCCCCCGUCACCCCCGAGCUGGAGGACGAAGCUGCCAACGGCGGCGAUAAAACCGCAGUGAUGAGCGAGUACUCCAAAUUCCUCCUGCAGGCGCUGGAGCGCACCAGCCACAGCGGACCCUUCCCCAGCCUCGGCCCCACGGGUCCUUUCCCGCUCCUGUCCAGCAGCUCCAGUCCCACCGGGCCGCUCUUCUCCGACAAGCACGUCUACAGCACAUCGCCGCUGGAUUGCGGUUACCCCCCCACCGUAUCUUCCCCGCUGCCCAUCGCCGCCACCUCUUCGACGUCCUCUUCGUCCUCCUCCAAGUCCCACUACGGCAUGCUGGUGGGCUCCCCCUCCCAAACGGGCUUCCACCUCAGUCUGGAGCCCAGCAGCCACCAGCAGUUGACUCCAUCUCAGGAGCUGACGGAGCAGCUGGAGAAGCAGCACUCCCCUGGAGCCUUCAGCCUACCCCAGGACCUGACCGCCCAGGCGGACGGCUCCAAGGGGCAACCAGCCAAAGCCGGGGGGAGCGCCGCGCCAGCCAACGGCUCCAGCUACUCGGAGCUGUCCCCCUUGAACCCCCCUAAAGAAACCACGUACCAGAUUGAGAAUUUCGCCCAGGCCUUUGGCUCCCAGUUCAAGUCAGGGCGCCGCACGCCUCUCAGCUACGGCAGCGACCCCCCCAGCGCAGAGGUGGACCACAGAAUACGGACUCCAGUGUCAGAAUUCUCAGGGUAUAGCAGUUUGCUAGCUGACGUCAGCGAGCCAGCGAGUACAGGAUCAAAAACCCCGACAAGCCAAAGUUUCAGAUAAGGGUCAAACGAGGUGAACCCAGUUGGGGUCAGGGGGUGCUCUUCUUGUCCACCUGCACCCCCAUUUUGUUCUUGAAGCAAAAUAUUCUUGAUUUUUUUUUUUUUUUUUUAAACACUGCCAUUAAAUGUUGAUGCAAA